UCGGGGACGCGUGCCUCUUUCUAAACACACGUUGAAAUGAUCAAAGGCUGAAAUAUGCAUUCAUAAAAGUAAAUAGACCUUGUAAGUGUACACGUACUCCCCCACUCCCCCACCCCCGCCGAUAGGCUGAGAUGGUUUCGUCCCGCACAGCGUAAAGUUUCCUUCCGCAUGGAGCGCAGUGUGUGAGCCUGACACGAAGAGGAGCAGAGAAGUGUUAACAUGGCAGACAUGGACAGUGAGACCACCACACACACCGAGCCCAUGGCAGAAGAAGAGGAGCCUCUUUUUAGCAACCUGGACCUGUUCCUCUUCUCACUGAUAGUCGGCCUUAUCAUUUAUUGGUUCAUGUCCCGCAAGAAGCCAGAGCCCAUCCCUGAAUUCAAGAAGCUUGACACACCAGCACCCACCGCAAGGGAGACAAGUUUCAUUGAAAAGAUGAAGAAAACGGGCAAGAACAUCAUUGUGUUCUACGGCUCCCAGACGGGCACAGCGGAGGAAUUUGCCAACAGACUGUCCAAAGACGCUCAGCGCUAUGGCAUGAAAGGAAUGGCUACAGAUCCAGAGGAGUAUGACAUGGGUGAACUGUCCCGUCUGUCCGAGAUUAAAAACUCCCUGGCCAUAUUUUGCAUGGCCACCUAUGGGGAAGGAGACCCAACUGAUAACGCCCAGGACUUCUACGACUGGCUGCAGGAAAACGAUGAUGAGGACCUCUCUGGACUAAACUACACUGUAUUCGCUUUGGGCAACAAAACAUAUGAACACUACAAUGCAAUGGGGAAAUAUAUUGACAAAAGGCUGGAAGAACUGGGAGCCAAGCGCAUAUUUGACCUUGGCCUGGGAGAUGAUGAUGGCAAUCUGGAGGAGGACUUCGUCUCAUGGAGGGAGCAGUUCUGGCCGGCCAUCUGUGAACACUUUGGAGUGGAAGCCUCAGGAGAUGAUUCAAGUAUACGGCAGUACGAGCUAAAGGAGCACCCUGACAUCAAAAUGAACCAAGUGUACACAGGAGAGAUUGGCCGCAUAAAGAGUUUUGAGGUCCAAAAGCCGCCCUUUGAUUCGAAAAACCCUUUCCUGGCCCCAGUCACUGUCAACCGCAGACUCAAUAAAGCUGGUGAUAGACAUCUCAUGCACCUUGAACUGGACAUAACAGGCUCCAAGAUCAGAUAUGAGUCUGGAGACCACGUGGCCAUUUUCCCCAUCAAUGACUCUGCAUUGGUGAACAAGCUGGGACAAGUCCUUGGAGUAGACCUUGAUGUGGUUAUCUCGCUCAACAACCUUGAUGACGAAUCCAACAAGAAACACCCUUUCCCCUGCCCCACCAGCUACCGCACGGCACUUACUCAUUACCUGGACAUCACACACCCGCCUCGCACCAACGUCCUCUACGAGCUGGCACAGUACGCCUCUGACCCCAAAGAGCAGGAGAACAUGCGAAAGAUGGCUUCCUCCUCCCCCGAGGGAAAGGCUCUCUACCAGAGCUGGGUGUUGGAUUCCUGUAGAAACAUCCUCGCUGUCCUGGAGGAUAUGCCUUCUUUGAAACCUCCCAUCGACCACCUGUGUGAGCUACUGCCUCGUCUUCAGGCUCGCUAUUACUCCAUUUCCUCCUCUUCUAAGGUUCACCCAAACAGCAUCCACAUCUGCGCUGUGGUGGUGGAGUACGAGACCAAGACUGGCCGCAUCAACAAAGGAGUUGCCACCAACUGGCUUAAGAAUAAACUGGUCACGGACAAUGGCCACAAAUCCACCAUCCCCAUGUACAUCCGCAAGUCUCAGUUCCGCCUGCCCUUCAAAGCCACCAACCCAGUGAUCAUGAUCGGACCUGGGACAGGAAUUGCUCCCUUCAUGGGCUUUAUCCAGGAGAGGGGCUGGCUCAAACAGCAAGGAAAGGAGGUUGGAGAGACAGUGAUGUAUUUUGGCUGCAGGCAUAAGAAUGAGGAUUAUAUCUACCAGGAGGAGCUAGAGGAAGCAGAGAAGAAUGGAGUCCUAACACAGCUUCAUGUUGCCUUCUCCAGAGACCAGGAGCAGAAGGUCUACGUGCAGAAUCUCCUGAAGAAAAACAAGGAGGACCUCUGGAAGCUGAUUCACUCAGAAAACGCUCACAUCUACGUCUGCGGGGACGCGAGGAACAUGGCUAAGGAUGUGCAGACGACCUUCCAUGAGAUUGCAGAAGAACUGGGCGACAUGGUGCGCACCCAGGCCACAGAUUAUAUAAAAAAACUGAUGACCAAGGGACGCUACUCACAAGAUGUAUGGAGUUAAAGAGCCUCAAACCUCAGCUUCAUUCUCACUACUCAAGUGGUGGUUUUAAACAUUUUCUUUUGUUUUUUUUAUUGUAUAUCUUUAAUAUACACCCAUAAUAAAGAAACUCACCCUGGUUCAUGAAAAACUACAGUUUGCAGAAGAUCAUGAGGCAAACCCUACCUCAAGAGGUUGCAUUGAACCCAUUCAGCAAUUUCAAUCUGUGUUUCCUAUUUAUGUAUCUUAUUACUAUCCAGCAGCCCCAUAUGCACAGACGCAUAUGAAGGAAUCAAUUUGUGUAAUUGGGUGUUCGACUGCAAAAUCGCAUCACUUGGAUUAGAUACAGGAACCUGCUGGUUUGAGUAAAGUCAUGACACUUUCAUACUACGUUUUAAUAAGACACCUUUCUAUUCAGUCAGAUGAUGACUGAUUUGUAAAUGCAUCUGUUUAUAGGGACAGAGAUGCACCAAGUCCAAACUCUGUAGGAACAAGAAUGAAUUCUACUGUGAAAAUAGCAAUCUCAGUUGAACUUUUAGAUUUGUAUGCCCUCGUGAAGUGUUUCUAACUGAUAAACAGAUUGAUGUAACACCACAGCAGAUAAUAUCAUGUGUCUUAGUUAAUAUAAUGGGCGUUGCGUGUUCCUGCUUCCGUACGAACACUCAAGCUUCAGAUAUGAAAGGAUGUUGACAUUCGUUUUGCUCAGAGAUUAUCUAGUUUUAAAAGUCCUGAAAACUGUUUUAAAAACUUCUGUGAGGAAAAUAUUUUGUUGUGGCAAACUGGCAGCAUAGGUACAAUGAUAUGUUUACCUUUGUAUUUUGACCACAGAUUUUUUUUGCCUUUUAUGCAUAAGUUGCUGUUUGUAUUAAACAAUAAUGGAAAUCUUUCAGGGGCACAGAAAGUGGGGACUCAUAUAUGAAAAAACGUAGUUUAUUUACAUUUAGUUUCCCUAAAGAGACUGCCUUUAAGCACAAUGAAAAUGAACUGUAGGUACUCUGUAUCAUUUGUCAAAUGUUUGAGGUCCAGUCUCCUAAAUAGCAACAGUUAAUUUUAUAUGCAUCUGAAGGGUUCAGAGUCGACCUUCUCUGUUUGGCAUUUUUUGUAUUUUAGUUUUAUUUAGACUUAUCACAUAUGCAUCACUACCUGGAGAAAUCCGACAUAUCAAACUGUUCUGUCUCGCGGUUUAGCCGACCAGUUAAAGUGCAGCCUGUGCCUUUUCUUUUUAACACUGCCUUAUGUAUACCUUAGCAUCAGAACCCUGAUGCAUCUAAGUCUUUUCAGAACUUUUAUUCCUUGCUAAAUAUGUUGAUAUAAUGCCCAGUUAAUUUGAGACACUCUCACUGUUUAUCAUUCCUCUCUAUGGUGUAAUUAUUUGAUUGUAUUAAGGCAUGCAUUUUUGAUUAAUAAAUUUGGAAUAAUUUA